GAGAGAUUGGAUUUAAAUGCUGGAUGACCCCACCAACCUGCUAGCCUGGACUUGUUCUUGUCAUUUAACCGCCCGAUGAGUCAGAGCCGUCCAAAGCGAAGACUCGCAGCCCAUAAUCCCAGUCCAGCCGUCAAAUUUAUCCUUGCCCUGCUCAUGCACCCUGUAUCAUCUUUAAUUUCUGGCGGAAAAGCAUUUCACGCUGCAGAUAGGCACCGGCUUCUUUUCAUCAACUCGUGACAAUCAUGGCGUUGACCUUCACCACCCUGGACGUGUUCACCGAAACGCGCUUCAAGGGCAACCCUCUAGCAGUGGUGACAAUCCCGCCGGGCAUGGUCCUGACACAAGCGCAGAAGCAAGCUAUCGCCAGAGAAUUCAACCUAUCCGAGACGACUUUUGUGCAUGAUGUCGAGGCCUCCUCUGUGCCCACGUACACGCGGCGUUUCGACAUUUUUACACCGCACGCAGAGAUACCCUUCGCUGGCCACCCGACAAUUGGCACGGCUAGCUUCCUCUACUCAUCUGGUGUACGGACAUUGCUUGCCAAAGCCGGCCCCAUCAGCAUCGAGCGAACUGGAGAUGGCACCAUCCGGGCUGCGGUGCCGCAUAAUAUCCGGCUGCAUCAGAGGCGAUUAUCCUGCCUUGAGCCGGGUCCGAUCUCCGCGUUGCAGACCGAGGUAGCGAGGGCCGAACACGGGGCCCCGCUGUUCAGUAUCGUCAAGGGCAUGACCUUUGCGCUUAUCGAGCUACCAUCGCUCGAGCUGCUGGGCGCCGUGGCCGUCGGCGCGCGGCCUGACCUCCCCGCAGAGCUCUUGGAUGACGGUUGGCGUGACGGCUGGGUCACUCGGCGGUACUACUUUGUUCGACUCGGCAGCCAAUGCGUGGAUGGAGGAAGGACAGUCCAUAAGAUCCGAACGAGGAUGAUCAAAUUAACAAUGGAGGAUCCGGCGACGGGAAGCGCAGCAUGUGCCUUGUCCAGCUAUCUCAGUCUAUAUGAGCUCCAGGAGCCGUCUGUCACGUUUGAAAUCACCCAGGGGGUGGAGAUGGGCCGGGAAAGUAAGCUCCUGAUCAACGCCGAGGUCGGCACGGGCUUGGAUGGGUCAAGGGAGCUGGGGGCGCUCCAUCUGGGGGGGAAAGCUGUUCCGGUCAUGAGUGGCUCUAUCGCGGUGCCGCCGUAACCCGCUACGUGCGGGUGCAACUAUCUUGGAUAUCAGAAGAUGUCCAGACUGAACUCGAGAGAUAGUCUCAGACUGUAGGCUUUGGGAGCACAUCGUAUUUGGCCCGGCGAUAUCCAUUCCAAGACCUUUGGUUUGUGAAAACUGAUCGGUAAACUAAUUGCGAUGGUUUCCAUAUUAUUUAUGUGUUUUUACGGCAACAGGAGCAGACUCAAGGCAGUGCAUCACGCAGCUCUCCUCCCUUCAAGGUCGGAAACUCGUUAUGUGGUAUAUUAUACAUUAUUAGUACAUGGAUAUUCACUGGCUUAUUGCCCUAAGCUCCUCAUCCUGGCCCCUUACUCUCCAAGACCGCAUCAGAUUAUUGAUAGUCCUCGAUGCUCCCCGAUCAUCAUAAUAAGAGCUCCUUGGUAUCCAGGUUGCCCACAGACAUCUGCAUGGCCUGCAGAAUCUUGG